AAUGGCUUUUCUGAGGUCAGUGGCUACGACAACUGCCAUAGCUGCCUCUGCAUUACCUGCGGCUUUUGCCCUUUCUUCACUCUCUUCGUCUUCGUCGUCCUCCCCAUCUCAAUCUUUUCGGUUCCCAAAACCCCAAAACCUCUCCUUUCUCUCCUCCACACCAUCUCUGAACCCGAAUCGUUCCUGCCUCGCUACAAGCUUCACCAACUCGCCGUCAGCUAUCCACAUGGACGCACCCACAUCAGAACAAAAGCCAUCCCAUCAGCUGAAUCUUUAAAGUUCUUUGUUUUUGAACCGCAGAGCGAUGCUGCCUUGCCAGAGCUGUUGACGGAGUACAUGGUGGACAUGAAAUGCGAGGGUUGUGUUAACUCUGUCAAGAAUAAGCUACAAACUGUUGAUGGGGUCAAAAGUGUAGAGGUGGACCUUAACAGCCAAGUUGUUAGGAUUCUAGGUUCAACGCCUGUGAAAACCAUGACUGAAGCUUUGGAGCAGACGGGUCGAAAAGCAAGAUUAAUUGGGCAAGGGAUCCCAGAAGAUUUCUUGGUUUCUGCGGCUGUUGCUGAAUUUAAAGGUCCAGAUAUUUUUGGUGUGGUUCGUUUGGCUCAGGUGAAUAUGGAAUUGGCUAGGAUUGAGGCCAACUUUAGUGGGUUGCCACCUGGAAAACACGGUUGGUCUAUCAACGAGUUUGGUGAUGUAACAGAAGGUGCUGCAAGCACUGGAAAAGUGUUUAAUCCAUCAAAGGAAGAAGCAAAUGAGCCGCUUGGCGACCUGGGAACAUUGGAUGCUGAUGAGAAUGGUAAUGCCUUCUUCUCCGGCGUCAAAGAGAAGUUGAGAGUUGCUGAUCUCAUCGGGCGGUCAUUAGUGGUAUACGGUACUGCUGAUAAGUCGGACUCUGGUAUCAAAGCCGCUGUAAUUGCUAGAAGUGCUGGAGUUGGUGAGAACUACAAAAAGCUUUGCACUUGUGACGGAACCACCAUAUGGGAAGCAACUGGCAACGACUUUGUCACCAGCAAGGUCUGAUAUCCGAAGCAAGCCCUAUCUGGGGUCAUAGUCGAGUUGAAUUUCUUAGGCACCUUAUACAAGCAUGAGAGUGAUUGUAUUUUUCUCUCUUUGUACUUCAUAAAAACUUUGCCCAGUGUAGAAAAAGAAACAUUUGUUUUAUCGAAUAAAGGAAAUGAUUUUGACCAA